AUGCAACUCCGCUUGCCCUUGACCGAGGAAGUAUUUCCGCCAAGAGUGGCUGUUGGUGUUGUCUUUGAAAAUUGUGAUUGCGGGGGUGCCACCAUAUGGUGGGCCGUGUUGAUCCUGGGAAAGGCUGAAGCUGACCUCGAGAAAGUCUUUGCUGGAUCCCUACAGGUCGAGCGGUCGCGUCGGACUCGUCCGAGGCUAUCCUUGCGAUCACGUCCUGCAGGAUACACGCCAGCAGACGACGCAGUUCUAUGGAACAGACUCCAUUGA